AUGAAUAGGGAGAAGCCAAGCGAGGGGAGAAAGAACGUGGGGGCGAUUCUGCACAGAUACUAUGGCCUAGAUGGGGGGAGUGGAAAUGGGGACCAGGAACAGGGAGUAAGUGUAGCGCUUAGAAGUAAUGAGGCAAAGCUGAAUGGUGCGAAGGAAGGAGAAUCACACAUGAUGUGGAAGUACCCAAAGAAAAGUAAUCAGAUGUGCACAGAAGAACCCAUAGAUGUAAGCGAUUCAGAAGAACUGAACCAGAAAAGCACCGAUUUUAACGUAAGUGAGUACUUUAAAAAAAUCCUACAAAAGGCAACACUAAAGGAUUUGAUACAAAAAGCAAAAAACAUAGAAAAAGAAAUUAAACAAAACGAUAAUUUUAUGCAAUCAGUAGUGUAUGAAAAUUACAAUAAAUUUAUGAAAGCAGCAGAUACGAUUGUAGAUUUGAAGAAAGAUUUUGGAAAUGUCAAGAAUAAAAUAGGAGACAUAAAUGAGCAGUUGAGUUGUAUAGAUAAGAAUUCUCAUUUGGUGAAUAAAAAAAUUGGGAAAAAUUACAAAAAAAUAAAAAAUUUACUUCAAAUUAAGGAGUUACUGAAUGGGGUCCAUACUAUUAUGAGUAUCCCUAGGAGGAUGUUUGAUCUCAUCAUCUUAGGGGACUACACUCAGUCAGGCAUGCGCAUAUUUCGGGACUUAUAUUUAGACAGCGAAAAUAUGGCCAGCAUCGCUUGUUACUACUAUGAGGAGCAACUCCGCAGGGGUAUCACUUCCAACCUAAGUGAGCACACCCAGCAUGGGGACCAGCCCACCCACCUAGAUAGGAACUCCGCGGAAGAUUUUUUUAAUCACCUCUGUGAGAAUGUCAUCUCAAACGAACAAAUCACUUCAUCUCUAUAUCUUAUUUUGGCAUAUGGUAAGGACAAAAAGGAGGUGAGAAACGUGUUUUUAUGGAAUAGAUUUGCAGCGAUGAAGUACCUACUGGGUGAAAUUUCCAAUUGGGGGAGUUACAUCCGAGAGGGGACGAUCAAGGGUGAGGAGGGUCAUGGAGAGGGUCAUGGAGAGGAUGAAGGAAAGGAUGAUGGACAGGAUGAUGGAAAGGAUGAUGCAGAGGUUGAUGGAGAGGUUCAUGGUCUGUCCGCUUGGACGCCUAACCAAUCUGCGAAGGAGAAGGAGCACGCACGCCACACCGGUGAGAGUGCUCCCCACGACGAAGGACAUAACAGGGUGUUCAAAACGGUGUUAGAGUUGGCCUACACCAAAUGGCUACAUUUUUUCUUCAGCAUGAUACGAAGCUAUGAGCAGCUAUUUUUGCGCGACUUUUAUUGUGCGUGUGACGAGACGGGAACACAGAGAAGCGGAAGAAUGGAAGCUCUUGGCGGAAUCCCCCGGUUGAGGGCCUUGAUGAGGAAGCUGAGCGCUUCCACCGUUGACGCGAGGGGGAAAGCGGCGGGGGCUCUUCCCACCAGCCCGUCCUCCCGCGGAGGGGACGCAAGUCAAGCCAGUUACGACAACACAACAGUCAAUGGUGGCAACGCACCAAAGAGAGGAAACCUCCCUCCGAUAAACUGGCAGGAGGACCAUUUGGAAGCCCUACUGAGCACGGAUGAUGACAGGGAGGUGGUCGAACUGCUGAUGAGGAUUUUCUUCAAACUUUUGCAGGACCUGACGGUCGACCUCAUAUACAUGUUCAACCCCCCGGUGAAACUGGUCGCGCGGUGCGUGGGGGUGCUGCAGGAGGGGGUGCGUGAAGCGGAGAGGAGCGCGGAGAGGAGCGCGCAUAACCGAUCCGUGAACCGUGGUAAUACCCACCUUAGUUCCUCUCACCUUGGCGGCACUAACAUUAAUAACAGGGGAAGCGUCUCCCCCCUCAUGGACGAGUUCCUCAAGAGAAUCAACUCCGAACUGCUAAAGUUCCACGUGUACAGCUUGUGCCUCGAGAACGACCGCAGGCUCAUGAGCUUCUUCUCCCUGUGUAAGGAGAAGGAAGCUAGUUACAUUUUGGAAAACAAGCCUGAGCUCAGCCACCACAUUCUGUUAAGCCUUUGUCUUGUCCUCAUCGACUUGGAGGCCUUCUACAAAGAGAUACCCCUAUCGAGUACCGAUUUUUAUUUCAAAAAUUUGAUUAAUUUUGUGAUCAUUUAUUUUGUGUUCCUGGUGAAGUUUGUGGACUCUUUCAUCAGGUACUUCGUGUGUGUCUGGGAGGGGCGCAGAAGCGACGGGGGAGAAGGUGCCACGUGUGAAGGUGCCACGGAUGAGGGUGCCACGUGUGAAGGUGCCACGGAUGAGGGUGCCACGUGUGAAGGUGCCACGUAUGAAGGUACCACGCAUGGUGACGCCCCCUAUGAGGGAGACCCCCCCGUGGACAAGGAGCAAAUAUUCCAGUGCAGAAACAUAUACCCUCCACAGGCAUAUCACAACGACGUAGUGAACUCAGGUGAGGAAAAAAAAAAAAAAAAAAUACUUGGAAAUGCACAGCCAAGUGGAUAUACCAAAGUGUCACAUUUGACGGUGGCGAAUUUCAAAACGUCGUGAAUGGACUUGGACAGGUUUAUAGAAAGCAUAAUAAAGAAGCACAAAUUCGAGGCAGAGAAAAAAAGCGAAAUAAAUUUUCUCUUUACCUUAGUGGGAAUUUUGGACAACAUGAAAAAAGAAGGAGUGUCAAAAGUGUGCACUGUAAUUGUGGAUAUGUAUAAAGAAGCACAUACGCUGGUGAAUGAGCGGAAGAGGAUUAGCCUUCGCUGCACUUUGGAGGAUCUCCUAUAUAGAGACUCGUAUCCUUUUUGCAAAGUGGAGGAAGGGGAGGAGGGACAGAAGGGGGGGGAAGAUCCAGCUGAUGCUCACUCCGAUGAAGAAACACACUCGAAGGGGCUGCCAUCCAUCAGGCAGACGUAUCUAAAUCGAGCUGAAAGCGCCGCGUACUAUACGUUCGAAGGGGAGGAUGUGCUGGAUCGGCACGAUGGUCACGCCAAGGGGUUGGAACACUUGCCCACGCAGGAGGGUGCAGAAACCGAUGAGGAAGGAAAGAUCCACUCGGCAUUCAUUCUCCGGGAGGAGGAAAAACAAGACAAAAUGAAGAGUCGUGACAUUGGCUCGGGACACUCUGGUGAGCAGAACAAUGCGCAGGAUGGUGACCAUCUUCUUCUUCUCAAAAGGAGCGCGAGCUUCAUUACUAGCCAGGGGGAUGAACCAGGUGAGGCUGGACACGCCACUAUUUCGGCCCAUAAAGGUGGAGAAAUCGACCGGGGAAAGGCAUCCAUGUUAGUGACCCAACGAGGAGAAACCCCUAAAGGAGACACCCUCUCAGGGGAAAACCCCUCGGAAGGGACCAGAUCGGACGAAUUUCGCUCUGAUGAAGAUUAUGAGGACAAUCAGGAUGAUAUGAACAAAUACGCCGUCGGAAUUUGCAACUUUGCAAAAUUUAAAUUCCUCGAAAAAAGAAACGAGUUAAUGAAUGCCUUCGUUUCGUACUACUUAAAUAAAAUGUCGAGAAGUGUAAAGGAUUUCAUCCAAAGGGAGAAAUGGACAGAAGGGAAGAAGACCGAAUUAGUGAGCAGAAAUUUUAUAUACAUCUUGAACAACAUUAUCGCGGUUUAUUCCCACCUGGCAUCCUUCAUGGAGAGCAAGGCAAGUGGUGCCGCCUCUACUGGAGCUGGUUCUGCUUCUGGUCAGAUGGAUCAUUUUAACGAUGUGAAGGGUAAAAUAGGGGAGUCGCUGGAGCGAGUGUGCAAGGAAUACACAAAGGGGAGGAGAGGAAGGACAUCUUCCGAGCUGCAAGCAGGUGGGGGCAGUCAUGACGGAGGUGGAAGCUACCCUGGGGGAAGUCGUAGCGAACUGGGCAACAUCGAACAGAAAGAAACCCACAAUGAGAAAAACCUAGAAAUGUACAUGUACAAAUUGUACAUGUGCAAAAUGAAGAACUACAAAAAAAAUUUGCACUUGGAAAACAAAAAAAUUAUUCUCGUGAUAAUCAAAAUUUUGUUUAAGAAUUACAGUGAAUAUGUUCGCGACUUACAUUUUAAUGAAUACGGUUUUGAAAAAUUAAGAGUUUUUGUUCCCAUGGAUGAUGAGCAUGUGCUGUUCGUAAUUCUAAAUGAAGUGUUAAUCAGUGCUUAUGAGCGCUCGACGAACUUCACCCUCUCCAGUGCAGGGGUGAAUGCCCUAUAUCAGGCCUACUUACUAAACGAAAUUGACUGUGAUAUGGGGGCAAAUAGGGAUUUUAUAAUGAACAGCUUGAGGAGGGCAUAG